UCCGCUUUGCGGAAGUCACCAACAUUAAGAAAAAAAAAAAAGAAAAGAGAGAGAAGGUUUGCUGUUCCCCUCGCGAGCCUCUGAACUUUUAACAGCAGGUGUGUGUUACCUGUCGAGCGUGCCCCCUGCCCCCCACCCAAGGUAGCUGGGAUGUUGUUAAUAGGGUGAACAAAGGUGCAUUUAAACCAGCAACACCAUUUCCGUGAAGUAGACAGAGCGUUUCUCCUGGAUUCCUGUGGCCACCAGAGGUCGCUGCUGUCUCACCUUCCACCCUCACCUGACGAGUGUCCGAGCAUGGCAGGUCAGGGAAGUUCGACAGGCUAAAGUCUGCAGAGUGUGUGAAGAAAUGUGGGUCAGCUGAACUUCAAACACACACACACACACACCCCGUCGUCCAAAGCAGGCCUCUGUUUUCGCUCAUGUUUGGCCCCACAGUUCCAGAAAACCACUCCCGCUGCAGGAGUGGGCGUGAGUCAGGAGCUCAGGUGAGCUCUCGCUCCUGCCAGACUCACACUCUCCAGGAGGGUUUCGCCAAGUCUCGUCACAGGAGAGGACACCAGAGAGGAAGUCAGCGGGUCAAGCCAGUGGAUGUUCCUCAGGACUGCUGAUAAGAUUUUCAAAUUAAAACUAGACCAAGUGACCAGAGGAGCCAGAGCCUGCAGCCAUGAGGAAGACUUCAAUCCAAGCACGGUCUACAAGUGCUCGGUCCAGAAGACCGGAGAGAGAGGUCUCAGGAAUCACCAGCCCCACGCUGAAACGUUCAUUUGAAGUGGAAGAGUCUGAUUCAGCAGCACACCCAUCUCCCCUGUCCCGUCGGACCACCAACCCCCUGCGUUCAUCUACGUCUUCCACGUCCAGCCAGAGAAGUUUUGAUUCAAACUCCCGCAACUCCGACUACUCCUCCACCAGAUCGUCACCCUCCGAGUCCUCCAAUCCUCGAUCUCCAAAGACAGGGAUGAGACGCUUGGAGCUGUCGGGGGUCCGCAACACGGAGGUGCCCUCAGCUCGGCGCACGGAAAUCUCCAUCGAAGUUUCCUCCAAGCAGAUCGAUAACUCGCCCAGCGCUGGGAUCGCACGCUUCGGCCUCAAACGACCCGAGGUCAGCUUAGCAUCGAGGACUGCCGCGCUCGACGGCUCCUCCAACUCCAUCCCGUCACACAGGCGAGCAGAACUAACACGGUCAAAUGAGCCGCCUGCUCCACCCAAGAGAGUGGAUUCCCAGGCUGCCUCAAACUUAGUUUCUAGGAUACCAGAGCCCCCUCAGAGAAGAGCAGAGCCGCCCUCACCCAGCCUAAGCCCAGUUGAGGGUAUGAGGAGACCAGAGAUGCCAGUUUUCAGACAGCCUGAUGGUUUGGUGAUGGGGAGUGGAGCGGAGAACAACAAUGGUAACCACCCACCUCCACCCAGUGCUCCUUUACCUUCCCUGACAGACAGCCGGGUGCAGUCUCCUGUGUCAGAACUCCCGACAACCCGGCCCACAGAGAGGCCAGAGGUGAUUCCCAGCUACAGCAGCAGCGCCAUGACGGAGACGGUGAUGUCAGACUCUGCGCUGUCCUCGGCCAUGGGUGGUCUGUACGGGGACAGGUCCGGUGGCCCCGUGGUGGACUUCAGUUAUGUCGGCAUUGACGCCAUUCUGGAACAGAUGAGGAGGAAGGCCAUGAAGCAGGGCUUUGAACUCAACAUCAUGGUCGUGGGACAAAGCGGUCUGGGCAAGUCCACAUUGAUGAACACGCUGUUCAAAUCUAAAGUCAGCCGCAAGUCUGCCAUGGCCAUGGCCCAGGAGAAGAUCCCCAAGACCAUCGAGAUCAAGUCCAUCAGUCACGACAUCGAGGAGAAGGGCGUGAGGAUGAAGCUGACGGUGAUUGACACGCCAGGUUUUGGAGACCAGAUCAACAACGAGAACUGCUGGCAGCCCAUCAUGAAGUUUAUUAAUGACCAGUACGAGGCCUAUCUGCAAGAGGAAAUCAACAUUAACAGGAAGAAACGGAUCCCAGACUCCAGAGUCCACUGCUGCAUAUAUUUUAUCCCCCCGACUGGACACUGUCUGCGACCUCUGGAUGUAGAGUUCAUGAGACGUCUCAGCAAGGUUGUCAACAUCGUCCCGGUCAUCGCCAAGGCCGACACGCUCACGCUAGAGGAGAGGGACUUCUUCAAGAAGAAGAUCAGAGAAGAGCUGCGAGCCAACGGGAUUGACGUUUACCCGCAGAAGGAAUUUGAUGAAGACGCGGAGGACAGAAUGAUCAAUGAGAAGAUCAGGGAGAUGAUCCCGUUUGCUGUGGUGGGCAGCGACCAGGAGUACCAGGUCAACGGCCGCAGGCUGCUGGGCAGGAAAACAAAGUGGGGAACCAUCGAAGUGGAGAACAUUGCCCACUGUGAGUUUGCUUAUUUACGGGAUCUCCUCAUCAGAACUCACAUGCAGAACAUCAAGGACAUCACCAGCAGCAUCCACUAUGAAAUGUACCGCGUGAGACGCCUCAAUGAGAGCAACACGGCGGUGACUCACGCCAACGGGCUCCCAGAGCAUCACCUCGUGGCUCACGAGAUGUAGACAUCCGUCCCAGCGUAGAACCUCAACACAGUGUAAUAAACCUGGUAUUUGGAGACACUAAGAGACUGACUGCACCACUCCAGUCCCAGAGGAGGAGAAGACUUUCAGAGGGACUGUUUUAGGAUGAUUUUAGCAGCUGAAUGGACUGUUUACCGUUUGUUGUCUCUUUAAAACAAACACUACCCUCUCACUAUCAGGAGAGUGAAGAGAAGUUUGAUUCCUCAGUUGCUCUUAGCCGCUGCCUGCCUUAACUUCUUUCUAAGAAUUGAAUGCUGGUGCCAAAUUGAAUCAUCAUGUUUGUUAAAUUUCUUUAGCCCAUCUGCGUCGCUGCAACAGCUUUACAAGUUUACUUUUCAAUUUGACGUCUGAUGGUUGGGAAGAUGCCGGGCAGCACUUUACCAACACUUAAAGAAGCACAUGGUUUUGUUUUUUUAUAUUCAAUUAUUUAGUUCUGAUCCACAGAUAAUUCCCAUCUAGAAAUACCUUAAAGAGUGGCUUAAAUAUUUAUGCAAUUUAAAAUGUGAACUUAUUUUCAUACAUGUGGUCCAUUUAUUCACACGUUGUAUGAGGCUGGGCUGGUUUUAUUUAUUGGAGAUUUGGCAACCACAUUGGCCGCGGAGGAAUGCAAAUCCUUUAUUUACUAAAUUCAACACCCUUUCCUUUUUACAAAGACAGACGUUUAAAGAGAGCCUCGAUUUGAUUCUGUUCGUCACAUAUUAGCCUGCAACUUUGUCACUUAUAUCAUUUCUUUAUGUGGUCACUGUCGUUCUGUCCAAUAUAUCUGUGUUCUGAUGGAUUUUUGUACUUGUUAUUGAUAACAAAUUUUACCGGUAUAUUAAAGAAAUAAAGGUUACAGUUGUAUAUACUUACUUUGUAUGUUUGUGUUCCAGGAAGCCAUUCAUUUUAAUGCCAAGUGUGCUUUUGUAUAACUAACCACAGGAAAUCCAGAUCGCUUCCACGUUUAAUUGCAGGUGCAACUCACGUCCUGGAGAAGUUUAAUUACGACGUCAUUACGGUUUCCCUUGAUUGCCCCUUCGAUUCAAUCCAGCUACCUGCGCUGCGCGGCCGCAGCUCGGCUGUAAUCAAAAGCACAAAAGCAGAUUUCUUCAAUUCCACAGCCGCAAAUGCCAGUUGCUCCGGAAGCGACCAACAAAGGAAAAUUAAUAAAUCCUCUUUAAAGAGUUGAGAAAAUUGGUCCAUAAUU